UUAAUUUGUAAAAUCAUAACCUUAUUUGAUGUUUAAUAGGCCUUUCCUUAAUCCCUUCUUAUUAUCCAAGAUAUUCGCUUAUCUAAGCUCCUGCCGGCCCGUUUAGCUUGGACAAGUGAGACUCUACUGUAUAUGGAGAAACUAAGCAAGGAAGGUUUAGAUAUCUGUGGGGGGAAAGAAUUCUUGUCUGUUUGAGGCCAGUGUGAAUGUUGUAAUGAAUCACCUUGAUUAGCAUUAAAUGGCCUUGCAAGCUUCAUGUCCUGGCCUGGGGGAAUUCUUUGUUCAGUCGUUAGCUGCCCGAUUGAUUCAUGUCUGGAAUUCCUCUGUUUUCAGAGUGUUGUUCCUUAUUUACUGUUCUGAUUUUGGAGUUUUUUUAAUACUGGUAGCCAGAUUUUGUUCAUUUUCAUGGUUUCCUCCUUUCUGUUGAAACAAUGUUUUUUUCAAUUUUUGUUACAUCGUGUCAUUUGGCUGUAGGUUCGCUUCCUUCAAUGAUAAUCUAUUUUUAAAUGAUCCCUGGGCACACGAGGCCCUAUCCUGAGCCCCCUGACCCUGAGGGCGCCUCUCUCCUGGCUCCUUCUCUCUGCACAUGCUCAGAGGCACGCUUGCCCCUCUAGAGGCGACUGGGCGGCGCAAAGCAAAGGAGGCGGCCCUCAAGCGAAGAGUAGGCCCCUCCUUCCAGGGCUGGGCUCCUCCUCUGUCAAGCCGGGCUGGGCUUCAGGUGGGGCCCCGGCUUGCACAAAAAGCAGGAGGAGGAAGAGGAGGAGGGAAAAGGACAAGAACAAGAGGAGGAGGAGGAAUCAUUUGGAUCCCUGUGAGUCCGAGUGCGAAAUAGGCACGGGUUGAGCCCCACUAAAUGAAACCGCACCAACACCUUCUUCUGAUGAUCUGGAUCAUUGAGGUGCUCCAUCACCCUUUAGGUUGACCACACCGCACUGGCCAACACCGUUGUAUUGGCACAAGAGACAGCCGAGCCAUGGCGACAGCCCAACCCGCGACCCCCUGUCAGGACAUGACAUGGAGGGUUCUGACCCUCUGCAGCCCCCCACACUAGGCACAUCCUGCCAGAAUAUGGGGCGGGAGGCGUGCUCCUUGGAGGGCGAAGGCUCGGCCGUAGGGGGUUUGCUCCUGCUUGCGCUGAAUGGGCAUCGGGAGCCCAAGCGGCGCCGGCUGGACAAUGGAGAUUCCGAGGGCGAAGGGGCGUCCAAGCGUCACCGGGGCCCUGAUCCGGUGGAGAGCCAUGUCCCUGUCCACCGGCUAGCCUUGGACUACGUGGUGCCUUGUAUGAACUUUUACGGGAUUUGCGUCAAGGACUCUUUUCUUGGGGAGGCCUUGGGGGGCCAGAUCUUGGCCGAAGUGGAAGGUCUCAACCGCAGCGGGAAGUUCCGCGAUGGGCAGCUGGUGAGCCAGAAGACGGUGCCCUCCCGCAGCAUCCGGGGAGACCAGAUCGCUUGGGUGGAAGGCCAGGAGCCCGGCUGCCAAGCGAUUGGGACGCUCAUGGCGCGUAUCGACGAGCUCAUCAUGCAUUGUGCCGGCAAACUGGGCGAGUACAAUAUUAAUGGCAGGACCAAGGUCCAUGGCGGCAUCUUGCAAAUCUACCCGCAGGGUCGGGAGGUGGUGGCCAACAUUGAACCCAUCUUUGACCGGCUGCUCAUCUUCUGGUCUGACCGACGCAACCCGCAUGAAGUGAAGCCAGCCUAUGUUACAAGGUACGCCAUCACAGUCUGGUAUUUUGAUGCCAAGGAGCGGGCAGAAGCCAAAGACAGACACCAGCUGGCCUGUGCUCAGACGGGAGAACCUGCUCUGGCGACUCAAACCAACGGACCCACAUGACCGACGUCCGGGAAUACCACCGAGACCUGAAUGCCAGAGUUGCCCCUUUCUUUGGCCAUUUCAAGCUGCCCGUUGCCGCUGCUGCUACCGCCGCUGCUGAAGUUGCUGCUGUUCCUUUCCAACCCUGGCCGGAGGCAAUCUGGUCCCUAACCCAGGAGGAAGAGGAAGGGGAGGAGGAGGAGAAAGGUGGGCCCUGAGGAGGAAGGGUGUGCACACCUGUGUUUGUGUGUGCUUAAGUUGCAUGAGCAACGUAGUCUCUAGGGGUGGCCUCUCUGUUAAGGCCUGUUUUGCAUUUCUUCCUAUGACCAAGAUGCCUCCAAUUUAUAAGGUGGCACCUCGGCCAUUUACAGAUCUCCACCAUGCUCCGUUUCCCCCUAUAAUACUGCUCUCUUUGCUUGUUUUUGCUCACUUGAAUCCAUCUUGAGUCUUCAGAGAGCAUGAGAAGAGGGAAUAGGGCAGAGCAGGGCAAAAAUGGCUGUGGAGGGGCACUUUUAAACCUAGUUUGGAUGGAGGGAUGGGGGAAUAAGAAGGUGCCGUGGUUUGGACUCUGAGAUGGGAUGGAAUAAACAUUAUCUCAUGAAAAAAA